UCAAAAAACGGGGACAAAUUAACGAGUAUUGUCCAACCACUGCUUAUUGGGUGUACUGUCGUUUAGUUUACAUAGAACUUGAAGGAAGACGAGUAGGCUACUUGUGACUUGUUAUUACUUGUUUAUUUCCGGACCUGUAGAUGUUUGAUAAUGUAUUAAGAAGUGCAAGUAGAUCUGUUAACUCUAAAGAAAAGAGAAAGUUUACUGGUCAACAUUACAGAGAGAGAAGUCUCCAGAGUAUUUUGUGUUAAGUCUUAUAAACAAGGAUACAACUAUAUCAUUAAUUAAUGGAGACCUAGUUUAGCUGAAGGCAUUACAAAUGAACAUUAUAUAUCAAUUACCUCUGUUUGAAGCUAUAUUAUGAAUAAUGAUAAGCUAAUAUUAUUAAUAUUCCAUCAAAAACUAGUGGGCAUGUUUCAGUACAGUGCAUGGAAAUCUUGAUAUUGCAACAAAGUGGACUACAUUACUUAUUUACUGUGAGUUAUUAGAUAAACUAUAUGGACUAUAACUCUGAUACAAAAGAAAUGCAAUGGUAUAUUUAGGAGUGGUGCAUACAUUGUGUAUUUGUGACUAUUUUAGUUAUUUAGUGUGAGUUAUUAGAUAAACUAUGCCAGAUAACUGUGGACUGUGGUAUAUGAGAAAUACUAAGAGAAUAUAUUUAGGAAUAAUUUGAUACACAGUUAUUUGAGACUGUUUAAUUUUCUUAUGAAAUAAAACUAAUAUGAAGUAUUUCCUGUGAAUUUAAAUUUCAAAGUUUUGCUUCAAAUGUGACUGGUCUUUUUAAAUUUUUAUUGGAGAUACUUGUUUUAAGGAACUCUAUUCCAUAAGAUUUGACAGUUGAUGGAAUUUUAUCUGUGAUAUUGAGAGAUAAACAACUUUUUGUCAAGUUUUAUUCAUUUUUAUGUGAAAAAUGUCUGGAAAACGAUAUGAUGUGUUAUUGCGCUUGCUAUUAGUUGGGGAUACAGGGGUAGGAAAAACGUGUCUAAUUUGUCAAUACGCCAACAAUGAAUUCUAUGAUACACAUAUAUCCACUAUUGGAAUUGAUUUUAAAAUGAAGACAGUUAAUAUUAAUGGGAGUAUUGUAAAGGUUCAGAUAUGGGAUACAGCUGGACAGGAAAGAUUUGAAUCUAUUACAAAACAGUUUUACAGAAGAGCUCAGGGAGUUAUGCUAGUCUAUGAUAUUUGUAGUCGAUCCACAUUUGAUUCCCUACCUAAAUGGUUGUCUUACGUUAGACAGUUUUCUAAGGAAGAUACUAUGAUAACCAUAUUAGGAAAUAAGCAUGACAUGGAAGAUAAAAGACAAGUAGAAUAUCUCGAGGGACAACAGUUUGCAGCUAAAAAUAAUUUAAAGUUUUUUGAAACAAGUGCCAAAGAUAGAGAAAACCUACAAAAGCCUUUCCAUGACAUGUGUGAUGCCAUCAUUUCUAUGCAAGAGGCCAAAUCAUCCAGUGAAACUUUAUCUGAUCCUUCUACCCCAACUGUUGCUGUUGGUAAUAGUGUAGUCCAGUCUAACCAGACAGAUAGAACACAACUAAUAGGUGACAGCAGUGAUUCGGAAGAUGAGGAACAGAAAGUCGAGCUUAAGUUCAAUAGUUUGCGGAAGUGGGCAUGCUGUGGAAUACUGUGAUAUAUAAUAGUCUGAAAAAAUCAAGACUUUCUAGUCAAGUUUAAAUGUUUAGUUUGCAAAUAAUUAAUUUGUCUCAAUUUGUAUGUGGUUAUAAUUUAUGCAUAUAGAUACAACAAACUGACAUAGACUUGUAAUGAUCAUAUUGUAUAUAGUCGCCUAAAGUACCAGAUUUUUUUAUGUAGACAGGCAUAUAGAUACCAAGAACUGACAUAGACUUUUAAUGAUCGCAUUAUUUAUUCUCGCCUGCAGUACCAAAUUUUCAGAUGUUAUAUUCUGGUCCAGAUAUAUGUCACAAAUCAAAAAUGACACGCCAAUUUUCAACAUUUUCUCUAAACAAAUUUCCUGAGUAGUCCACUGUCUAGGAUAAACGUUUCAAAUAAUCUUUCUCUAAAAUACAUCUAUCAUAGCUCCUUUAAUGUUAAUGUAAUGACUAAAAUUAAAAUUCCAUUUCUCAAUGACAUGUGUCUAUGCCAUUAAUUUUAGUUGAUAACUUAAACAAAAGUUUUAUAUUUCUGUUAAAUUUAUUACCGGUAUACAAAUUGUUAUAAAUGUUCUGUGAUGUAAAUAUGCCACAAUCUAGAAAGAGUGCCUUUUAGCUUAAUAUUAAUUAAAGAAAUUCAAUGGAGUUUAAAGUCCCACUUUUUCUGCACCAGUUAAUUAAAGAUGAGUAAGCUUCAAUAUGGGAUUAUAAAAGAGGGUAGUAAAUACUCUAACUUUUGUAUAUGUUGUUUAUUUGUUAAUUGCAGUUAAUGCUGUUAUAAUUGUAGGGAGUACUUACUCAAGACAGACAAAUAUUACAAAAACCAGAGACCCAAUACAAAUAUAGGUCAGGAACAAAUCGAGGGGGUCCAGCUACUUGAACUCAAUUUAGGGGUUCCAGGGCCCAAAAUAGCAUCUACAGCGUUCCAUUUUCCGAAUUUCUGGGAUUUGCAUCUUUCGAUAUGAAAUUUCUGGCUGGACUCCCCUCACACCCCUCCCCCCAGCUGAAAAUCCUGAAUCUUCCCCUGUACUACUAGAUAUACACCUCCAUGGAAAUAAUAAAAGAGUUUUCUUAUAGCCUUCAUAUUUUAUUAUUGUCUCCAAAAAUCCCUGGACUUGCUCUUGAACCUUAUCAAUUCUUUUUACAAGAUACUGUCUUUUAUAUCACAAAUUAGUUACGGUUACCAUGGAUACAUUGUGAUAAAAAAAAAUAAAGUGAAUAACAUAUAUAUGCAUAAAAGUUGGAGAUAUAUAUAUAUAUAUAUACUGAUAGAUGUGAAAUAAGAGGACCGGUGAAACAAACAUUAACAAUCAUUUAUUUGUUCUGUUUCCUAUUUGUAUUUUUGUGAACUUUUAUGUUUUGAAUCUUUUGAUGAUAAACCUAUGACAUUUAUACCUAUUUAUCAUAUAAACUGCUGUGACAUUUUGCUUGUGCUGAGGCAUUUAAUCAAAAAAUGUCAUUAAACAAUAAAGAUCCAUGACUAUCUCAAUGAGCCCAUGCAUGACUAAUGUGGUUUACCACCACCUUGAAUAAGUUCAAUUAUGAAUAUUUCCUGUUCCUUUUAAGCAAUAUGACCAUUGUGAGUUUGGACUCAACACUUCGGAAAAUUACUUUUAUUCUACUGGAAUUAGGGUGAUGAGACUGUAGUUUCACUACAACAGUAAGCAAAGUGACAAGCAAUUAAAUUAUUUAAUGCUUUAUAAAAGGAUAAAUAUGCAAGUAAUUAAUGAAUAUCACCUAUUUGUUGUGGGAUUAAGGUGGGGGACACUCCAUACCUCACAGUUGGCUUGUUACAAGGGGGUGUAAUCUCAGUUUUUAUACAAAAUGACCUUUUAUUCAAUAUCAUUCAAUUAUUUUAUUUGUCUCAUGUUGCUUUGUUAUAUUUUAUGCUAUGUGUGUUGAUGUACUGUAUUUUAUUUGAUAUGCCUGAUAGUGUUCAAUCAAUAAUUUUCUUAUUUUAUAUACCACGUUUGUUCAUGUGUGUAUAUUUGCGCUAUGGCUGUUGCUUUAAUUAUUUAUACCUACUUUGUUGGGUUUUUUAAGCCAAAGAUCAAAUGUUGGUAUGCUGUAUAUAUUUUAAUCAUAUUUUACAAUACCAAUUUUUAAAAUAUAUUUAUUACUAGA